UGUUGUUUGACGUUUGAUAUCGCUGGUGAAAAAUUUCUGAAAAAAGUUUUCUAAUUGCAAAAUUUUACGAUUCAUUUGCAUUUUGAUUUUAUAACUUCUCAUUGCAAUUCGCUUGUUAAAAACGACUAUAACGUAUACUAAUUGGUGCCAAGAAAUUGAAACAUUGUAUAGAUUUAACGAAAACAAAACUCGAAUGUGUGGCAAACGAAAACAACCAGUUUAAAAAAAAAAGAGUGGGAACGAUACAUUGCAAAUAUUGCAAACUCAAUCCAGACGCGAAAAAUCAAUUGAUGAAAAUCAAAGUAAAACUGCUCCAGUGCUGCACGUCACUGCACUGGAUCGGUCUUUUAAUGGAUUGUUUUGGAAUGUACGCGUUUACGUAAACUUAAAUUGAAGCAAAAAUUUGCAUGUUAUGCCCCUCAUAUCAAGAGCAGAGCUCUAUUGUUUGUUUUACUAUUUACCCAAAAAAUAAUAAAGAAACAUUAAAUAAAGCUGUUCUCGGUGCUUGAAAAAAGUCGAAAAUAACAAAUUUAUAAAUGAGUGCCGGUAUGAGAUCACAGGAGGGACAGGCGGGGUCGGGACCACGGCCAAAAAUGAAUACUUCUAGUACAUUAUUGACUACAGAGGAGAAUGAGAGUGUCUUCAGGCUGCUCGGAAAAAAGUGUCAGACGCUGAAUACAGCGGUGGUGCAGAUCUACAAAACGGAGGGAUCCGCCCAUUCCCAUUGGAAGAAGAAGCACACGGGCGUCGUUUGUUUCGUCAAGGAUAGUGGAAUGCGAUCGUACUUCCUGCGCGCCUAUUGUUUGAUAAAGAACGAACUGAUAUGGGAGCAUGAGUUAUAUGAUGCGAUGAAAAUCAUUAAAGCGCGACCCUUUCUACUCACCUUCCAAGGCCAGGAUGGGCACGUAGGCUUGAACUUUGUGUCGGAGGAAGAGUGCGAAUCAUUUUACAGAGCUGUGGACACAACAAUCGAAACGAGAAAUCGAAAGAAACUAGAAAAACGGAAUCGUGCUAAAGCGCAAGCUGCACCAACCGUACCACCGCCGGUAACCAGAGAUGCAAACAGAUUAACAACAGCGAACAAUCAGACAACGACGACGACAACGGAUUCGAGUGUACAAUUGCGUAAUCAUCCACAAAAAAUCAGCUCCAUAACACUGACACCUGGACCCAACCCGGUGGCACCAUCCAAAAAUUUCCUCAGCAGUAGUUUUGGUCUGUCGAGUUCAUCGUCCGGCAAGGAUAAAAAACGAAAAGUAACAAAAGCCGAUAUAAGUACGCCAACCAAUUUCAUGCAUAUCAGUCAUGUUGGCUGGGAUGCUGAUAAGGGCUUCGAUUUAACAGGCAAUGAAAAUGAUGAAGUACUCACGAGCUUCUUCGCCAAAGCUGGCGUCUCAGAGAAUGAACUGAAGGAUCGUGACACGCGUGCCUUCAUUUACGAUUUCAUUCAGAGCAACAACGUGCUAGCAUCGGUGAAAUCGGAGCGCAUUGAAUCGCCAAAAGCUGCAGCACCGAUUGCACCGCCACCAGUGCCAAGUCGUCACCAGCAUCAUCAAAAUGGCACAACCAUAAGCCAAAGAACCGCGCCUCCACCGCCGCCACCGGCGAGGCAACCGCCACCACCGGUGCCAACAACAGUACCAGGUGCGACACGUGCGCCAGCACCACCCACAAGACCACCUCCCAUAAAUAUCGCACCACCACCGCCAGCGCCACCACAGCCCACAGUGGCUGCACCAGCGGCAGCUCCGCCUCCACCUCCGCCACCACCACCACCGCCACCGCCGGCAAUGGCCGAGCCACAUUCAACAAGUAUGACUGAUGCGCCGGCGACUGAAACUAAACGGCGAACAGCGCAAUUACCUGUCGUGCCGGACGUACGUAGCGCACUCCUGGAGAGUAUACGUAAGGGCACGACAUUAAAGAAAGUGGAUACGGCAGCGCUCAGUACUGGUAGUGGCGAUUCACAUAGCGAUUUGAUGUCUGAAAUUCGCAGCGGUUUCGAACUGAAGCCAUCGCACGAUCGUGCGCCUGUGAAUCGCAACAGCGAUGACGGCACUAGCCCAGCUGGCAGCGAUGCACUGGCAGUUGCACUGAGACGCGCACUAUUCGAACGUGAACGCGUUAUGCAGCCGUCAGAUGACGAAAACGACGAGUCGUCGGGCAAUGACGAUGAAUGGGAGGAUUAAAUGCUAACUAACUAACUGAGUCGAUUGUAACAGCGAUGUGAUGUAAUGCGUCUACACGUUAACAAUGCAUGUAGAGAGGGGUGUAUUCAAUGCAAACGAAUUCGUUCUAAAGUCAUAUGUUGCAUUGAUAACUCGUUAACUAUAUAAAUUUCAUAUAUCAGUCUUAAUACAUGCAUACUUGUAUAUUAUUUUCUACGUAUCCAAAAGCUUAUACUAUAUGGAUUUUCGAUCAAUUAUUUCGGUUUUUAAUUUAAAGCCAGUGAUGCCAAUUGACAUAUUAACGCGAAAAGAAAAAAAGAAAAAUCACAAGACAAAUAAGCGGAACAAAGGUGAACCACAAAUAAAAAUUGUGUUAUACUACAAAUUCUUAAAUGAUGUAAACGUUAAACAAGCACUCAGUUGUGGCAUUAUCGGGUGUGUACAAUUUAUUUAUUUUCCUACUGAGAAAAAUAGUUGCGUCUCGCCGCAAUAUUGUGCUUUAAGGCAGCACAUUAAAAUUUUUGUUGUUGAAUUCUUAACUGAAACUCGGACUAUUUUUGUUUUUCUUUUUUCUAAAAGGUGUGAGGCACUUUUAUAUUACACGGAACUUGUGUACUAACUUCCUCGUUGACAGUAUACUUAAAUACAUACAUACAUACAGUACAGUUGUAAAUUGCAUAUCUCUGCUCAUUUAAGAUAAAAAUAAAUUACAUUUAAGUAGCUAAUAUUGAAGAAAAGAUGUGAAUGUGUUUGGAACUAGUAAAAACCCAAAAAGUGAUAGUCUUAGGGAAUAUUUCACUGCUGUGAAAUGAAUAUUAAAUUCAAUUGGGAAACAUAAAAAACAAAAAACUUCAAUCAUAUAACUUUGAAUUCUAUGAAAGAAUAAUGAAUGUCCAAAAAAAAUUUUAAAUAACGAGUGUUCUAACAAAAUUUAAAUUAAUUGCGUUUCUUUACUAACAUGAAAAAAAAUAUUUAAAAGGUGUGAGGGAAUGUGUGCAUGUGUGGCGCGGUGCGUUUUUAGAUCUUUUUUAAAAUUGAAUAAACAUUUAUAUAUACCAAUGAUGAACGCCAUGUACUAAAUUUGUAAACUUGAUUAAAAGAUCGAAUCGAAGAAAUGCUGAUAUUAAUCCAUAUAGAAAGUCUUGGUGGAGAGUUGUAAGAGGUUACUAGAGCAUGAAGUUUCUUAACCAUUAAAAAAUACAAUUUUUAUUAUUUAGGUAAUAUUUUUACUAGUUUAAAUCCCGUGGAGUUCUUUGUUUAACGAACGUCUCAAGGAUGCUUAUUGUCGUGUAAUUUGCUCUUCUCUUUUGAUUGGUCACCUACUAUUAACUGGCUUAUAUUGUUGUUGUAGCAACUCACUUGCCGGUAUAGAUAUUUCGCAUAACCAAAAGACGACUACGCGGUUUUCACUCGGGUCUACCCGGAUUUAUAACUUUCCAAGGACUGUCAUUCCUGCAUUCCAUAUACACUUGUGGACAAAAUAAUAGGUGUAACAAAGUUUUUUUAAUAACAUUCAAAAAUUUGUAAAGAAAAGAGUUUUGUUUUUAUUGUUUUAGUUAUGUUUAAUUUCAUUAAAUACAAAUAUGUUGAAAUUCAUUUUACUUUUUACACUCAAAUGAAAAUUUAACAAAACAAAAAAAUACCAUUGGUCAAAAUAAUUGGUGUGAAAUAUUAUAUGACAAAAAAACAAAACAAAAAGACAGUUCAACUUAAAUUUAACCGCGAGUAUUUCAAUAACCAGUAUAUCCUCCAUGGGUCUGUAUAAGUUUGCCUAUUCUAUUGGGCAUGGAUUUUAUUAAUUUUUGGCAGGUUUCUAAAGGCGUAGCAUCCCAUAUUUCCUUGGUUUUCUGCCACAAUUGCUCCUUGUUUUGGAAUGCAAAGUCUGCCAGUCUCCUCUUCAAAUCACUUCACAAGUUCUCAAUAGGAUUGAGAUCAGGGGAUUGACUUGGCCAUUGCAUACAACUUAUGUUUGCAUUUCUUAGCCACUCCGACACCAACCUCGUGGUAUGCUUGGGGUCAUUAUCUUGUUGAUAACACCAUCUCAAAGGCAUGUUUUCUUCUGCAUAUGGAAGCAUAACAUUUUGCAAAAUAUCCCUAUACUCAACCGCGGUCAUUGUGUCUUUUAUCCAAAAUAAAGGACCAACACCCUGCCAAGAGAAACAUCGCCACACCAUAAUGUUUCCGCCUCUAUGCUUAAUGGUCUUUUUGGUAUACCGAGACGCAAAUUCUUUGCCUUUCGGGCGGCGUACACUUCUUUUGGAAUCAUUACCGUAUAAAUUCAUCUUUACUUCGUCACUAAAUAAAAUAUUUCGCCACUUUUUUUCUCCAGUAGGACCACACCAAUCUCUGUGCUCAUUAGCAAAUGCUUUUCUUCUCUGUAUGUGCACCUUUCGUAGAAGUGGAACUCUUCUAGCUUUUCGUCCUGGUAAAUUAGCGUCCACUAAGCGCCGUCGUAUUGUCCGCGAGCUUAUUUAUAUUCAAUCCCAUUUCUGCUGCAAUUUGUCGCGAAGACACAAAAGUAUCCUUUUUGGUCAUAAGAACUAUACGGCGAUCCUCUGCCGGGCCCGUCAAUCUUGGCCGUCCACGAUUUUCUUUCUCACACUUAUUUUUUAAAGAGUUCGUAACAAAGUUUUCCGACCGUCCCAAUGUAUUGGCAAUGUAGCGAUACGUUUUCCCUUCCGCACGAAGUUUCUUCACCAAUUGACGUUCUACUUCGGUACAGUGGCUAUUACGACCCAUUCUAAAUAAUUAUUGAACCAGUCAAAAUAAUACAAAUUGAACAAUGCAGCAAAACAUAUUUGAUAACACUUCAAUUAACAAGGUAUUUUCGAAAAAAUGCUGAUACACCAAUUUUUAUGGCCAAGCGAAUUCAAUCAAACAAUAAUUACUUUCCAAUAACACGCAAAAUUACCAAUUGAGUCGCAAAAAUGUUUUUUACUUACGUUCAAAUUUCCCUUUUGUUUCAUUAAAAUGUAGCGGUAUCAAAAAUAAAUAACAGUUAUUACACUAUUGGGCGUAAAAUCAGUACAGAUUCAGCACACACCUAUUAUUUUGUCCACAAGUGUACAUUUUUGGAAGUGUUUUAUGUAUAUCUUUUACUUUAUAUAUAAAAUACUUAAGAUACAAUUUUCGAAUGACGAAAGCCGAAAUUAGAAAAAUUAAUUAGAAAAACAAAAUUACUGAUAUCCAUUUCGUGACGGGAUUUAUUCGAUUUUUUUUUCACUGCACGCGAAAAUGAAUGUAAAAUAUUUGUAAUCAUACGCAACGCUGCAAACUUGCUUCUAAAAAAGAAAAUAAAUAAAUAAUUUUCGCAUACACUUCUGUUAGGUGUUUGGCCGAGCCCCUGCUCCUGUUUGUGGCAUGCGCCUUGGUGUUGUUCCACGAAUGGAGGGGCCUACAGUUUCAAGCCGACUCCAAACAGCAGAUAUUUCUUAUGAGGAGCCUUUUGAUGGCAGAAAUACACCCAGAGGUUUCCUAUUGCCUGCCCAAGUGCGACCGUCCCUUUCUAUCAAUUGCUGUUUCUCCGCGCAUGAUUUGCUUCUACUGCGUAGAAAUAUAAAACCAAAAAAAAUCUAUUUCAACAAUAAUUUUUACGAAUAAAAAUAUUUUUUAUACAUUUUUAAUUGAUGCGAAUAAUUUUCAAACGUUCAUUUUUAGAAAUUCCAUAAAGCAUUUUUCGAGCCUGAGUAUGCUACCAAAUUCGGUGUACAUAUGGAAUUAUUAUGUUGCUGAUACCUAUCUGAAUAACUGCCGCAAUACCACCUUAAUCGAAAAGUUCCCGGAAUAUAUUCAGAAAAUUCAAAAUACAAGUUUAUUCAUUAAAAGUGAAAUUAUCGACUUCAAAGUACUCCCCAUCAACUGCAACGCACUUAUGCCAGUGUUUGAUCCAGCUCUCGUAACAUUUCUGGAACUCUAUCUUCGGUAUAGCCAUCAGAGCCGUCCUCGAUUUUUCCAUUACUUCCUUUCAGCAGUUAAAACGCCUUCCCUGUAGUUGUAGUGGUUUUUUGACUCAAUCAAACAGACAAAAAUCGCUGGGAGCCAUAUCAGGUGAAUUCGAUGGCUGUUGAAUGGUAUUCGUUUGUGCUUGGUCAAAAAUUCACGGUUAAUAAUAACACGAAUGUGUUUUUUUUCCUUGGUCACUCUACUCGGGUUCAUAGGGCCUCGACAAGACUCGGUCUUGCGUUGGUUUCGUUACUAUAUUUUUGCUUUCUGGCAGGGUAGGUGACUAGACUGCCGCUACCAGUCCUAAGUAGUGGGAGUACCGACCUGUCGUUGCUUAGGAACAAUGCCUUCUAACUGUUUAGAGCGCCAUCUGUGUUUCACAUUUUUCUGUCAGAAGGAUCACACAGAUGGUUAUCAUAGUGCAAAAUCCACGAGUGGUUUUCCCACAAAUCCUUUAUUUUUUGGUGAAUUGCUGAAUUGGUUCACGCUCAAAUAAUAGUCCUUAUUAAUUGACACGAAAACGCGUCUAGAGGUAGAUUUACUCAAGAUGGCAUAACUUUAACAAAAUGUCAAUGGCUAUAAAAUUCUGGUAGGAAUGUUAAUCACAGAUGUGGCAGCCGAGCCCAAAAUCAGUUGACAUAGAGCAUCAUCUGCCGGUUGUUUCGGGAACUUGUUGGUCAAGGUGGUAUUGCAGAAGUAGUUUCUCGCCGAAAGUCUCUUUUUCCGCCAGAGUCAUUCCAGAUGUACAAUAAAAACAUAUCGAAUUGUAUUUUCAUUGUGAAGUCAGGUGGCGGCUUGCAAAAGACCUUUCCAGCGGUAAAAUAAUAUUAACAACGUCUGUUAUUUCAGCGAUCCAACCCCGUUUAGAUCGGUGAACCCCAUGCUAGUGUGGUUAUUAUUGUUGUAGUAGCAUAAAUAUUCCCCUUAUAAGAAUGGGGAAUGCUGUUGGAGUGACAGUUCUUGGUCGGAUAUCAGAAAAUCCGGUCGUUCGAGCAACAUAGAACCGACUGGAAUGUUAAGGAUGCUAAUUUGGUGUUCAUAUUUGGUAUAUAUAGGAUGUAUGUAUGUAUAUAUGAUAAUUAACCAUCCAAAUACUAAAAUAAUAAAAAGAAAAAAGAUAAAAAAAUUUCAAGUUAAAAAAAAUAUAUACAAAAAAUUAAAUAAAACAUUAUUUAAUGAAAGAAAAAAUGAUGUCUAAUUGUGUGUUGAAAAAUACGUAAGUUACAGGUGUGCCAAAAAUGUAUUCAUAACUUGUAUAAUAGUAUCGAGUGCGUAGGACAUACAUACAUAGAAUAAGUAUAAAUAUUAUAAAUAAUCAAUAGACGUAUUUACUAUGAGGAUUGAUUUUUGACGUAGCACGAGUCUAGCGUGAUUUUCUAUGGCUAGCCAUGGUACUGGAAAAUGUUCCCCAAAUGUUCUCUCUUAUUAACGAUUGGCUAGCAAAACUCGGGGGGCAUUUACAUAUUUAAAUUCGGUUACGGCCUGUAACGAAGUCGGUUUUGUAUGAAUUUUACUGUAUUUGAGAAUUCGAAAAAUUUACUUUCGAAAUUGUGAAAACGUGCCUAUUUAUUGAAACAAGAAAAGAGAAACACAAAUUUCAAACUACAAUUUAAAUGCAUGUAUUUAAUAAUAAUACUAAUAUUGUAUAUAUUUGAUUUCAUACAUAUAUACAUAUGUAUGUGUGGGUAUGUAUUAUAUCAGCAAGGGAAUUGUAAAUGUGAACUGCACAGAUCAGAUUGUGACUGAAAAAAUAUUACAACUACAAACAUACUUACCUAAUCUAAUCAAAUUGAAGAAUGAAAGAAAAGAAAACAAAAUGUAAACAUUUGAUAACAAACCUACAAUGAUGCACUUUAAAGCCGCAAUACAAGAAAUAGCUAAUAGAACUUAUUGAAAUCCAAUACAGCAAUAAACACCCUAACCGAAGAAUCAUGCUAAAAAUAUGAUUUAAUGCACACACUGAGCAAUUUACAUACAUACAUACGGGCGUAAAUGUGCAGCAGGAAUUUGCUGAGUUUGAUUAGUCAAAAAAUCGAAAGUUUAUUAACACUUUAACUCUAGAUGUAUGACAUUUCGACAAAAUAAUUAUUAACCCUGUUAGAAAUUAAAUAAUAAAGUCGAUUAUCCACAAAAUAACUGCAGUUUGACAUCACAUUUUUCGUGAAUUUCUUUGUAUUGGAUUUCGUUAAAUUUAAAAUUUUGAGUUAUAUGGUUUAUUUGUGGUAAAUAUUGAGAUACAUACGAAAUAUUUAUUAAAUAGUCAAAAUUUUGCGAUAUAUUGCGCUGCUAUUAUUGUGAACACAGAUGUACAUACUCGUAUGUAUAUGUGCGCAUAUCCCAAGAUAAGUCUAAUAGUCCCGUAAUUAAAUGAAAAUAUCAAUUCGCUAAUUUAAUUUAUACUUAGUGAAGUAAAAGUUACGCAUUAAAUGCAAAAAAAACAAAAUGUAAUCAUUUCUUUGAAAUGUAAAAAAUUCAUUGCUAUUCAGCUGAGCGCGCAAUGCAGUUGAUAAAAAAAUAAAUAAGAUCAAAUUAUUAAUUUAUUAUUUAAAAAAAAAAACUCAUUGUAAGCAAUUAAAUUACGUAACGCAUUAGCAAUGCAAAUUAUUAUUAAAAAAUAGGAAUAAUCCAUUAUUUAAAAACAAAAAAUUACAUUCGUAUGUGUAAAAGUUGUGUUGGUGAAAUACUAAAAUAUUAUUUUAAUUUUAAUUAUUAAAAUACAUAUAUAAAAUGCGAAUUACUAUUCUAUAUAUGUGUAAUCAAUUUAAAUUAUAUUAAAUAAAAUAAAUAAAAAAUCACCAAAGAUA